GUAGUUUCAUCAAGCAAACACUUUUCACGAAACUGUGAUGGUUUCGCACUUAGCAACGGGGGUUUGAACAAACCUGUUAUAAAAACCAGGUUCGAAACUGGCUCGAUUUUCAGUUCAACAACGUUGAAACUAGGUUCGAAGCUAGCUUCAAACAAACGGUUUGACAGCAGUUAGGUUGGAAACUGGGUUAGGUUUGGCAUCAAGCGAAAACGACAUAUGCCUGAAUCUACUGCUUUGCAUGGUUUGCUAUGUUUAUUAUUUUCAACAGGCGAUAUUUGUUUGCGUGCUGCUGUUGAUACAAACACAAAAAAACCGCAAAUAUGUGUGCGCACUCUACGCGGUCAGCUUUCAGUAAGUGAUAAGGUUUUUAAUAGACUGAUAAAGCGCAUCGAUUGGAUCGUCGUUUUGAGAGUGAUAAAAGAUUCCGGAGCAAUCACAAUUCAGGCCAUUCCCUUCCACAGUUUCAGUUCGUUCGGUUCAGCUGGUGAUUUGAUCUAGUAGACCUAGAAGUUUAUGUUAAAAGAAAACUUCAUACUCGAUCGAAAACAUUUGUUUAUUUUGCAAAAUUGCACAGGCGCUUCCUUAAAUCAUGAGUAACUCAUCCAAAGAAAUAAAUUUGUCUGCGGAACCUGAUUCCGCGCCAUCACCUCAACCCAGUAAUCGCGAUGCUAGCACGGCCACUUUGCAAACCGGUAAAAGUUCGCGUGGAUCUACGCAUGCCGAAGGAGUGAGUCUGACCCAGGACGGGUUUGGAACCGUGAAAGAUCCUGUGACGGGCGUUGUGCAGCCCGUAAAACGAUUCACAUGGAACAACAACAACGGAAUGUCGGUUCAGGUAAUUUCCUACGGUGCCAUCAUAACGUCCAUGAAGGUCCCCGGAAACGAUGGUACUGUCAGUGACGUGGUACUCGGAUUCGACAGUGUGUCCGGAUAUCAGAAAGCAAAUAAUCCCUAUUUUGGAGCGACAGUUGGUCGCGUUGCGAAUCGUAUAGGAGGUGGCCAGUUUUCCAUUGACGGUGUCGAGUAUCAGGUUUCUAAGAACUGGGAGAAUCGUCACCAGUUGCACGGUGGUUUUGUAGGGUUUGACAAAUUUAACUGGACUUCGCAUGUGGAGGGAACCGUUGUGACGUUGAGUCACGUCAACAUGGAUGGCCACGAAGGGUAUCCGGGAACGGUUCUAGCGUCAGUGACAUAUGAGUUGAAAGAUGAUAAUCGUUUUGUGUGUGUCUUCAAGGCAAGUUCCAGCAAACCUACGCCGAUCAAUCUUACUAAUCAUUCCUAUUUCAACCUAGCGGGACACAACACCGGACAUGAAGAAUUGUACAGACACAUAAUUUCAGUCAAUGCCGAUCGGAUUACCGAAACGGACGAGGAUUCAAUUCCUACUGGGAGAUUUAUAUGCGUUGGUGGUACCCCGUAUGAUUUGCGAAUUCCCCGUGAAUUGGGACCCGCUAUGGCUCGUGCAACCGGCGAAGGUUUCGAUAAUAAUUUCUGCAUUACCAAGGGCACGGAACAGCAGUUAACUUUCACUGCCAGAGUCGUUCAUCCGCACUCCGGCAGAGUUUUGGAAGUUUAUACCGACCAACCGGGAGUUCAAUUGUACACCAGUAAUUUUAUGCCGGAUCCAAACCACAAUAUUCGUCCGAAGGUGACUAACGCACCGGAUCACUAUGAGGUGACCCAUUUGGAACCGGUCGUUCCGGCAUUGUCCGCUGAUCCACCGAUUCACGGUAAGGGAGGUGCACGCUACUUCAAGCAUGGAGCGUUCUGUUUGGAAACUCAGAACUUUCCGGACGCCGUCAAUCACGAAAACUUUCCAAAUUCGAUACUGUUCCCUGGUGAGACCUACAGCCACGAAGUGGUGUACAAAUUCGGACUCUACGAAGCAAGUGAAAGCAUGGUCCUGCACAUUGCCUAAGCAAACACGGGAGUUCAUUAUAGGAACAUUUUUUAUCAAUUGUUAAAUAAUAAAGCAUUUAUUUUACGUUUCCUCUCA